AUGAAUUAAUAUCAAUGUUAAAUUUGCUUUGAAGAAACUGAUUUUAGCCUUAAAUGUUAGCAUUUUUACUGUUUGAAAUGUCUUGUUAGCAUGAUAUAAGAGAAACUAAAAACAUUAUAAUUGACAAUUGAUGAUUAUAGAUGUCCAAAAUGUAAAAGCAAAUUUUCUGUUGAAGUUUUUAAAAACACAGAGAUAUAUAAUGAUUUAAUAGAAUAUUCUUUGAAACAUAAUUGCAUUGAGAAUCUUAAUGAAGAUGAAAUGAUUGUUGAUUGUGGACACUAUGAUUGCAAUAAUAAGUUCAUUAUAAACAAGAAUGCAAGUAAACAAUUUUUUAUGUAGAAUAUGCAAAAUGUCCUGAUUGUAAAUAAGUCUAUUGUCUGAACUGUCGAAAACCUUAUGAAUCAAAAUGUUGCCAAUAAAUUAUUACAGGAAAAUGUCCUCGAUGCAAAAUAUAAGUGUAUAAAGAAGAAGGCUGCAAUUUCUUAAGAUGCCAAUCAUAAUAUUGUAAAGGUUAGAUCUACUUUUGUGGAAUCUGCUUUAUAUUAUUGAAAAAAGAAGAUCACUAUACGCAUUUUAUUGAUAAUAAUCCUUACAAUGCUUGCAGAAUUGGCAAAUUAAAAGCUAACAAAUAGAAAUGUCCAGGAUGCUUAACUUUAAAUCCUUUACAAUGCUAAAUUAUAGAAAAUUUAAAGUAUUCAUAUUUAAAUAGUUGAAAGCUAAUGUUUUUGCAAAAGUAGUGUAUGUCGAGAGAGUUUGUACUGUUUGAAUUGUUAAAAGAAAAUUUAAAAAGAUGAGAAACAUGAAUGCAAACAAUGCUUGAUUAUGUGAGUGAGUUACUUUUUAUUUAUUAACAAG